UCUUCUCUCCCAAGCAAAAAAGGACAGCACGACCCUUCCCCUCACCACUUCCAGAUCCAAGAAAAUCUUCACGGCCCUCCAAUGGCGGCUUCAUUGAUGUUUCUUCUCUAGGCGCCUCGCUCCUGGCAAAAAGGCAAAAAAGCAAGGCAAAAAGGUUGGCAAUGAUUGGCCUAAAUGAGGAACCAGCUGAAAAUAAUGAUGAUCCUUUGUAUUGUACACAACAUGCUACUGGAAAUGCAGAAUUUGUGGCGGAAUCACCUAAUCCCCCUAUCAUCCAAAGAGUGGAUGGUGCUGCUACAGAAGCAAUGGAGACAGAUGGGCAAUCAAGUCAUGGGGGGUGUGCUCCGGGCAGUACACAAGUACCUACAGCUGUAGCAGCUGGGAGUGAUGCUCAUACCCUUGAUGGCACAUGUGCUGCAGGUGAUACCGGUGGCACUGUUGGUAAUGGUUUGGGUGCCGAAAAUGAUGAUGAAGCUUGGUCACAGUCCAAGGAGCCUUACGUGGGCAUGAGGUUCGACACUUUGGAAGAUGCCAAGGUGCAUUACAAUGCAUAUUCCUUGCAGAUGGGGUUUCCAAUCAAAAUGAAUAGUUCAAGAAAGGAUAUUAAAACUGGGGAGUUGAUAAAACAACAGUUUGUUUGUAACAAGUUUCGAAAGCCUGAUGUUGAUGACAAAGGGGCAGAAAAGAUUCCCGUGCUAGAUGACAUUGUUGAACAAGCAAAAGAUGAUAAUGAAGAUAAGGCUAUUGUCUUUCUUGAUGAUGAUAGUAAGGGCAAAAAGAGGAGCAAGAAACGAAAAAGAGAUAAAAUUGUACAAGCUGGUUGCAAAGCUAAGAUGAUUGUGAAGGUAACAGAUGGCAGAUGGGAGGUGAUCUACUUUGUUAGCGAGCACAACCAUCCGUUGAUUGACAAACCAUGUUUGACUAAGUAUUUGCGAUCACACCAAGGGAUACCGCCAGAAGAAAGGGCCUUCCUUACUCACCUUCAUAACUGCAAUUUGACUACAGGUCGUAUGAUGCACAUCAUGUCAGAUUUCUAUGGGACAGAACUCAUUGUACCUUAUAGCACAAAGCACAUUACAAACCUCAAGACGCUCUUGAACAAGGAUGAUACAAAAUAAGGGGAUAUGA